AUGGCGACAGACUCAGCAAGCAGCGGCAGCAAUGGCCGUCCAAACGUCAUAUUCAUCAUGGCUGAUGACCAUGCGUCAAAGUCCAUCAGCUGUUAUGGAGCUGGAAUCAACAACACGCCCAAUAUCGACCGUCUUGCCAAGGAGGGCAUGCUGUUCAACCACUGUUAUGUGACCAACAGUAUCUGCACUCCCAGCCGAGCUGCUAUUCUUUGUGGUACUUAUAACCACGUCAACGGCGUUAUGACGCUGGAUGACCACAUCAACAAGCAUCUCCCCAAUGUCACCAAGCACCUUCGAACGGGCGGUUAUCAGACCGGCAUGGUUGGAAAGUGGCACAUGGGAGAAGAAGUCGAUAACCAACCCACCGGCUUCGACUACUGGUCCGUCCUCCCAGGGCAGGGCGAGUACUGGGACCCCGAGUUCAUCGAGUCCGACGGCGUUCACGUCAACCCCGGCUACGUGACCGACAUCAUCACCGACAAGUCUCUCAACUUUAUUAAGUCAAGGGACAAGAACAAGCCAUUCUUUCUCAUGUGCCAUCACAAGGCGCCUCAUCGAUCGUGGGAGUGUGAUGAUAAGCACAAGGACCUAUACAAGGACCCUAUCCGACUUCCAGACACUUUUACCGAUGACUACAAGAACCGUGCUCGUGCGGCAAAGAUUGCCAAGAUGCGAGUGGCUGAGGAUCUCACAUACCAAGACCUUGGACUCGUGCAGCCUGACGGCGGAAGACGCGUGGGAGAACGAGUCCAGCAAGAAAAGGGAGCGAGCGAGAGAAAGAUCCCCGCACCAACCAGAGAAGAGGACCUCAAGGCUCUCAAGCUUAUCGACAAGGAAGACGGAACCGUCUUUCGCUUCCAGAGCGCUGGAGAGCUUGCAGAGUUCAAGUUCCAGCGUUACAUGCAGCGGUACCUUCGCACUAUCCAGUCUAUCGAUGAUAGUGUCGGACAGCUGCUGGACUACAUGGACAAGGACGAACCGGAGCUUGCCAAGAACACCAUCGUCAUUUACACCUCUGACCAAGGCUUUUUCCUCGGUGAGCAUGGCUGGUUUGACAAGCGCUUCAUGUAUGAAGAGUCGUUCCAGAUGCCUUUCCUGAUCCGAUAUCCCCAAGAAAUCACCGCUGGAUCCGUCUGCAACGACAUUAUCUGCAACGUAGACUUUGCUACUACAUGGCUUGACUUUGCCAACCUACCCGUUCCCUCCUACAUGCAAGGCAAGUCUUUCAGGGCUCUACUACAAGGCAAGACACCUGCGGACUGGCCCCAAGCUGCAUACCACCGAUAUUGGAUGCACAACGACAUCAUCCACAACGCCUACGCACACUACGGCAUCCGCGAUCAGCGAUACAAGCUGAUUUACUGGUACAACGAGGCCCUUGGCAUCAAGGGUGCUCGACCGGGAGAUGAAGAGUACAAGGAGUGGGAGCUGUUUGACUGUGAAAAGGACCCUCUGGAGCUGUUUAACGUGUAUCAUGAGGAUGAGUACAAGGACGUGGUUAAGCACAUGACGGUCUUGCUGGAGAAGAAGAUGGUGGAAAUUGGAGAUGAGCCGGUGCAUCCUAGAUCAUAG